AUGGAUAUCCCAGAGCCCUCGGAUAAUGACUGGAGUGAGAAUGAAGAUGUUAGUUCUUUGGUGAUUCCCGUCGAACCAAGGGAUCACCUGCCUCAGCCAUUUCGAAUGGUUAAUAAGAUCCUGGACAGCCUGUUCGACAUCGCCUGGGACAUCGUCUCAAAGAGGGAAACAGCAAGGGAAGCUGAGAAAUCCAAAAAGAAACCCCCUACAUUGGAGCCGUCUAGAGCUACACAGUUGUCACUUGUCAAUCAGCUUCCAGAGAGCCCCAAUUGCCUGGCAUGCUCAGAGGAUGGAAGAUAUAUUGGUAUGGGUCACUCCUGUGGCCUGUCCGUGAAUUGUGUGUCCUCUCUCAUCUGUGUCUCGGCAUGGCUAGAGGACAGCCUGGAAAUCACAUCCAUUCAAAUCACCUCCAUGAGUGAGAGAGCCUAUCUACUUGGCACUGUUGAUGACAUGGGUGUUGCCAGAGUUUUUUUAUAUCAUGCUGAAAUCAUUCACCUCCUCAAAGUUAUUAACAAGACGGAAAAUAUUAACCAGAGGAGUAUUUGCACGACAUUUGAACUAUCCAAAGGAGGACAUUAUGGAGCAGCGACUAUCAGCUGUAAUGGGGCUCUUUGGCUUGAAGUCUACCAUCUUCCCAUAGAAGCAUGGCUGAAAGAGCUACAGAUGGCAGUUUCACAAAAUCAGGCACAGAACCAAUCUGGAAGUGUAGAUGUGAAAUGGUCUCCAACUGCAGUUGCCCUGAAAAUUAACCCACCCAAAAUACCAGCAGGGACAACAUUGAGAAGCCCAUGUGAGGUCUUGCAGAAGACCAACGGUGGCCAUGUGAUCCGUUCUGGGCAGAACCACAUGAUCAGCAGUCAUCAGUGGGAGGAACAGGAUGCUGUGUUUAGAUCUACAUACAGGAAAUACCUUAGUGUGAACAAUGGCAAAACAAAAGAAAUAGAUAAGAGCCCAAGUCAUUGCACUAAGCACUUCCUUCUGCCGUGUGGUUUAUCUGCUGGUCUCAGCGAAGCCAAACCCCAACCAGGUAUAGCUGUUGCCCUCUGUGUAUGGUGGAGUGGCAGCCAUAAUCUUUUCCAAUAUUCGCUGUGCAGAGUACAGAAGGAUAAACCUGAUGCAGCUCCUAAACCAGAUGUGUUGUGGCCAAAUGCGCAGGAAAUCCUCUGUUCUGCUGUUAGUAGUUGCACCCGAUACAUAGCUCUGGGUCUUGACGAUGCUCUGGUGACCGUUUGGGACAGGCUACUAGGGCUCCCGCUGUCUGCUGUCUUAGUGUCAGAAGCUGACAGCACGUUCACCAGGAUGCUGUUUGUUGAUUGCAAGCCUGUGUCAGAUGAGGAGUCCCUAUGCUCUCAGCUUCUCACAGCAGCUCAAGUCCACCUUUUGGUGACAUGUAAGAGUGGAGCAAUCCACAUUCUCACCACGGGUCGCCGAGCAGGGUCUAGUGCUGUGCAGCUCACUGAAAGGCCACGUGACUCUGGAGGUCUCCCCACAGUCAUUGCAUCAGUGCCUUUCCUGCAGGGCUUGAUUCUUGUGAUACAAAAAAAUGGAAAAAUCUUCCUCCAAGAUGUCCUCAACAAAACAACUGUGUGCUAUUUGAGUCCUCCCAUUACUCAUCAGCUUGCAACUCCCUGGGAUCCUGUUUACACCCUGGACACUAAACAGCAAUGUCUAUUCAUACAAGGUGAUGAGCUCCCCAGCAACAACGCCACUAUGGUAGCGGACUGCCAGAAUCAACUCUUCGCUUUCCAUUUUGGAGAGCAUCCCAUCACUAAGCCGUACAUAGCUGAACUUCCAGGCCUCCCAAGCCAACAAAAAGGGAUGAGUUUUGCCACAUUAGAGGAAGCUUGCAAUCUCUACCUCCAGCAAAGAGUGUUGUCUGGGGAUGAAAGGAACAAAGCGGUGACUCAUACAUGGAGCCAGCUCCAGGAGCACACUGUGACGGUCCAACGGGCCAGAAAGAAACACGACAGCAACACUGCCAGCCAAGAUGCAUAA